UAUUUUGCCUCAGCUAGUGUAAUCAUCAAAUCAUGGGGCAGGAAUUGAGGGGAAAGGGCCUUGCUAGUAGUGUUUCUGGCUUCUUAAACCAAAGGUGCAGGAUCACUACUGUGCUGGAGUUCUGUGCUGUCACAUAGUGUUGUCCCUCCCUGAAAUGAGCUGCAAUGGCAUUUGUUGGAAGGGCCGUAGCUCAGUGGUAUACCAUGCAGAAGGUCCCAGGUUCAAUCCCCAAUGGCAUCUCCAGGUUAAGACAGAGAGCCCUGUCUUGAAACCCUGGAGAGCCACUGCCGGUCAGAGCUAGAUGGACCAAGGUUCUGACUCCAUGUAAGGCAACUUUCUAUGUUCACUAAGCUCACAGGGGUGCAGGCUGAAGCCACAUCAAAAAGUUUCUGAUUCCCCUCUGCAGCCAAGGAAUCACAGCGACAAUGAACGGGUUAUCCAAGAGAAGAAUUAUGGUUUCCCUGUACGUUUUUGUUGCUUCCUUUAAUAUGUUUUGGCUGUGUAAACACCAUACAUUUAAAGCACAUUUAAAACAUAUUCCCCUCCCAGCAAAAAAAAUAAAUCACGGGAGCUGUAGUUUAUUGCUAACACAGCUGCAAUUUGCAACACCCUUAACAAACUACAAUUCCCAGGAUUCUUGGAGAGGAGGGUGCUUUUAAAGUAUGGUGUGCAUGUGGCCUGUGGGCUUCAUCCCUGUGAGAGAAACACAACCUAAAGGGAGUUCUGCAGAUAAUGCAAAACAAAUGGGAAGCAAAUGUAUGCCAGCUUUGCACUCAUCCAGUCAUGAGAAAAGAUCCUGAGAGCAGAAAUGUGAGACCCUAUGCAAGAUCCAAUGAUUUUAAAGUGAGUUAACUGAUGAUAAUAAUCUGAGCACCUUAUGAAGCAACGAUAAGGGUUUGGAGGGAAAGGGACCUUGAAAUGACACCUGUAGAAGCUUCUUAGCUUUACGUUGGUAAAGAUUAAUCUUUCUGGAAGUGGCUCAGAAAUGUUAGAAGAUCUAUAAGCAGUGGACUAAUCAAUGUCUAAACAACAAAGAGCUUUGUGGCACCUAAAAAAAGGCAAAGUAGUACAUUGUUCAUGUUGAAUCACAUUAAAUUGAUUAUUUGUUCUUUAUUGGGCGGUGAAGUGUUAUCUUCCUUGCUUCCUGAUGUGUGUGCAAAUUUGUGUGUGGAAGCUGCUUUGCAGGUCUCUCUUCAGAAGCAGAUCAAGUUUUAUGAUAAAUAUAUUUCCUGUUUAUAGAGAAUCUCCUGAAUCCCUGCCUUCAUCAUGAAGCCAACACUCCAAAUGGAAUCUCUUAGCAGGGCUUUUAGCUGUCUUAGUUUCUUAUAGUUUUCACGCUGGGCUCCUGCAAGUUGGCCUCUCAUGCAGAAGUGCUGUUUGCUGUUAUUCACACAGCAGGACAUCAUAAAAUUAGACUUGAGGAUUAUCUAUAUGGAUCUUUUUAGAUCAUGUGGGGGCAAAUUUCAGCUCAUGAAAUCGAAACACUGGGGCAAAUACUCUGUGCUGUUCUUUCUCUGUCCUGCCUACUCCCCCCACCCCAAAAAAGUAGAGGAUGUGAAGCCAAUAAGGGACUUGCCAAUUAUUCUGUGACAGUUUUUGUUCAUGGUAUGGAACUAAUAAUCCAAAAGGGGCGGGGAUAUGAGGAGGGCAUGGAAACGAGGAGUGCAUUCCUAGACGUAAACUCACUGCAUUGUUUCUGUUUCCAGUGGAGCUCUGUGCAAAUGGUCAGGAGGAAAGACUCCCUCUUCCUGAAACAGAUGGACUGUGUCAGGAUUUAUGACCCUGGUGUCACUGACUCUGCACUUUACAGCCGGCUUAAAAGCUCAGCUAAGUGGAAGAUCCUGGCAAUUUACGGAGGUUAUUUUUCCAUAAAUGUGGCUGGCUGUUGUGUGUGUGUGUGUGUGUGUGUGUGUGUGUGUGUGUACACACGCCUUGCAAUUCAACUUCAGUUCUUAGGAAACUUUAGUCACAGGUGUCAGCCCAGCACCUAAUGUGCUUCUGUUCUCUACCGCCAAGCCUGCCCUUAUCCUGAAAGGAAACCUCUUUAAAAAUGUGCAGCAUCUGGAUUUCAACUUCAUAGCCCAAAUGUGCCAGCAGACUCUGCAGCAGCAGGCUUUGGGUGCCAGAGUGCAGCAGGCAGAAGCAACCCCAGCGGAAAGUUCUUCUGUGCAGGCUCCACUGAAAUGAAUGAAAACAAUGGCACUGAUGAUUUCAGGAGGGGCUUGCGCAGGAGAGAUUCCUGGUACGUUGUAUGUAGCCCAUGUCACCUUGAGAUACCGUUUGGCUUUUCCAUCUUGGGCACCCAAAUUUUGCCUUGUCAAAUAUGAAAAGCCACCGGGGUUAAACUAGAACUCAUUGUCCUUUAUAUUCCAACAAGGCAACAUUUCCUGGGGAAUAACAUAAUGUACGUAAUGCACAACGGGUCAGAGCACUGGGAAACAUAUGUAAUCCUUUGUAAAUCACUUAAAUGAUUUUAAAUCAAGGAAGCAGUAUACAAAUUUAUUUUUUUUAAAAAACACAUUUAGAUUUUUUCUGACUUGCCCUGUCCCAAGGACUUGAGGGAUGUUGCAAUGUAUCUCUUUUUGUCCUUGCAUCCUGUCUGAGGCAGGUUGCAAGACUGAGAGCUGUCAGCUUGCCCAAGGCCAUUCUGUGGGCUUCAUGGCAUUCGAGCCUGGGGCUCCCUUGUUGAAGCAUAACACAGCACCAUCAGAACAGAACUGUUGACAGGCAUGGGUGGUGACAUAACUUUCGAGGACAUGCAUUCAUAACUAGAUAUGCCUUCCCAGUUGCCUUUCCUUUUUGGCUAAUGAAGAAGAAUGCUUGAACUUGAAGGUUUGUACCAUAUAAAAAACAAAACAAAAAACCUGGCAUAGCACUAGCCUCGGCUAGUUCUCUACCUCCGCUCCCUGGCCUUGUGUGCGUUUUAGGACAAAGAGGCAUCCAUGCUGCACAGGAAACCUUGUGAGACGAGGCAGCUUUGAGAAGCAUACCUGAUUGAUCUUUCUCUCCCUCCCAGCGCUAAAAUCUGUGUAAGGGGAUUGAGCUAUGGUUUGUUAGGGAAUGACAGCAGGACAUUCAAGCCCCGGUGGUGGGCUUCCCAGAAGUCACUGGCAGGCGAAUGUGGGAAGCAAGGUCCUUGAGAGCCAGUGUGGUGCUGUGGUUAGAGUGUUGGACUAGGACCUGGGAGAUCAGGGUUCAAACUUCCAUGCAGUCAUGUGAAGACCCUGGGCCAGUCACUAAUGCAAAUCCUAGCCUACCUCACAGCGUUGUUGUUUGUUGUUUAGUCGUUUAGUCGUGUUCGACUCUUCAUGACCCCAUGAACCAUAGCAAGCCAGGCACUCCUGUCUUGCACUGCCUCCCGCAGUUUGGUCAAACUCAUGUUCGUAGCUUCGAGAACACUGUCCAACCAUCUCAUCCUCUGUCGUCCCCUUCUCCUAGUGCCCUCAAUCUUUUCCAACAUCAGGGACUUUUCCAAGGAUUCUUCUCUUCUCAUGAGGUGGCCAAAGUAUUGGAGCCUCAGCUUCAGGAUCUGUCCUUCCAGUGAGCACUCAGGGCUGAUUUCCUUCAGAAUUGAUAGGUUUGAUCUUCUUGCAGUCCAUGGGACUCUCAAGAGUCUCCUCCAGCACCUCACAGCGUAGAAUCAUAGAACUGUAGAGUUGGAAGGGACCAUGAUAGUCAUUUAGUCCAACCCCCUGUAGUGCAGGAAACCUUUGCCCAAUGUGCAGCUUGAACCCACAACCCUGUGGGACCCCCAAGCAUAAGUGCCAAAAAGUUCAGCAGAAAUCAUCCAUUGUUAUCACUUGGGAUCUGACGUUCAGAUAAGGAGGGGAAAUAUACAGAACCUGUUUCCCUACUCCUCCAACCCCAUGAUUCAUAACCUUUUCCAGAAGAAAGCUAUGGUGGAUGGUAUCAGAGAGGUCAAGGAGAGUUGAUGCCUCCAGUCUUCCAGCAAAGGGCAACCGAGUCAGCUCCUGCACCCAAACCAAGCCUAAAUCUCCACUUGAAAUCCAGGAAAUCAUAAAGUGUCGGCAACCACCCACUUGCACUCCUGGCCUAGGAAGGAAAUCUUAUCUGCUAAGUGAUAACUGUUCACCUCUUCUGUGUCUGAGGCAGGUCUCCUUAGGAGCAGGCGUGUCACAGCUGGGACCCCACCCCCACCACACUCUUUCCUAGACAGGCAUUUAGCAUCUCUGAAGCUCAGCUGGCUCCUGCUACAUGCAAUAAGUCAAAAGGGACAAGGCUGGCUCUUGUUGGUCCGCAUCGUGUCCACCUCCUCAAGCCAUAAGAAGUGAAAGUCAUCCCAUCAAAGUUGAGGCAGGGGGUGUCCAGACACCUCCUUUGGCUGCUCUGCAUUAGCUAUGGUAUUCAGUGGUAAAAGUGAUUGGUCACAGCCACACCAACCAUUCAGUGCGCAUGUGAGGCACAUGUGUCCGCCCCACCAACAAUCCUGGGAGCUGCCGUUUGCCCCGUCCCCCACAGAGCUACACCCUUAACAAACUACAACUCCCAGGAUUCUUGUGGGGAAACCAUGUGCUUUAAAUAUAUGGUGUAGAUGUGUCUUGCAAGCCUCUGUCAAACCUUUUGGAGUAUGCUACUGAGGGUUACGUCCCGUUUCCUUGGCUGGGAAAGGUGAAGAUGGUGUUGAGGAGCUGCCACCACCACCACGGAGUCACCUUGGCAGUGAGGUCUGAUUACUGGCUCGAUCCUGCAACUUUGGACUGCUGUGGUGGGUUGUUGGGGGUUUUUUUUGCAGAGGAGGGAGGUUUGUGCCUUGCAGGUCCCUCGAUUUCACCUUUUGUAAAUGAGUUGUUGUUUUCCCCUGCUAAUCAUGUUAACUAUCCACCUCACUCCUGAAAAGAGGAGCUCCUCCUCCUGUUCCCUCCACCCUCUACCCUUGGGCUAGAACUGGAGGAGGAGGAGGAGGAGGAAGCAUGACAACAACUGCUCUAGCCUUGGGCGGGCACAAGGCUAAUGACACUGCUCUCCCUUGAGGGGCUCCCAGUUGAAACAGCCUCCUCCUAAGGCUGCUGCUCCCCUUGCGACCAUGAGAGCCAGGGGAAUCCCAGCGGAGAGCAACCGGCCCAGGACCUGGCACUCCCCUGCACUAGCAGCAGCAGCGAGGCACCCGAAUCGGCAGGAGGCAAAGUGAACCCUUUUCCAUGGCCGUCUUGGCUGCAUGGUAGAAGCCGUCAGACAGGUUUGCGUCUGAGCUGGUCUAGCCAGCACUCCGGAGAUGGGAAGCUACUUGUCUGCUCCACCUUCCUUCCUUCCAAAGGAGCCCUUUCGUUGCUCCGAGUGCCAGGACCUCCUCACAAACUGGUACUAUGAAAAGGAUGGGAAACUCUACUGCCACAAGGACUACUGGAGGAAAUUUGGCGAGUCUUGCCAUGGCUGCUCUCUGCUGAUGACUGGGCCAGUCAUGGUGGCUGGUGAAUACAAGUACCACCCAGAAUGCUUUGCGUGUAUGAGCUGCAAGGUGAUAAUUGAAGAUGGCGACACGUAUGCAUUGGUGCAGCACUCUGCCCUCUACUGCGGCAAAUGCCAUAACCAGAUUGUUCUGACGCCGAUGAUUGAGAGGUUGUCCACAGAGUUCCUGUGUGAACAGCUGCCCUACACGCUGACCCUCAUCUCCAUGCCUGCGGCCACUGAUGGCAAGCGAGGAUUCACGGUGGCUGUCGAAGGUGGCUGCUCAACCUAUGCCACUAGCGUCCAAGUGAAAGAAGUCAACCGUCUGCAUAUUAGUCCUGAUGUCCAGAACGCUAUUCACCCUGGAGACAAGAUCCUGGAGAUCAAUGGGACCCCGAUUCGCACACUGCAAACAGAAGAGGUAGAGGACCUGAUUCGCAAGACGAGCCAAACCCUCCAGCUGUUGAUCGAGCAUGACCCCGUCUCUCAGCGCCUCGGCAGACUGCGUCUGGAUGCCCGGCUGCCUGGGCGCACGAAAAAGCCCUCUUCACCCUGCCCCAUAUCAGCUCUGGACCUGAAGGAGAACCUGGAAGGAACGCUGCGGCGGCGCUCCCUCAGGCGAAGCAACAGCAUCUCCAAGUCCCCUGGCCCCAGCUCCCCAAAGGAACCACUCCUCCUCAGCCGGGAUAUCAGCCGUUCUGAAUCGCUCCGCUCAUCCACAAGUGGUUCUCAACAGAUCUUCCGCCCCUGUGAUCUGAUUCAUGGGGAGGUUUUGGGAAAAGGCUUCUUUGGCCAGGCUAUCAAGGUGACUCACAAAGCAACAGGGAAAGUGAUGGUGAUGAAGGAGCUGAUCCGUUGUGACGAGGAAACGCAGAAGACCUUCUUGACAGAGGUGAAGGUGAUGCGCAGCUUGGACCACCCCAACGUCCUGAAAUUCAUUGGCGUGCUGUACAAGGACAAGAAGCUGAACCUUCUCACAGAGUACAUUGAAGGCGGGACUCUGAAGGAUUUCCUCCGGAACAUGGAUCCAUUUCCCUGGGAGCAGAAGGUCAGCUUUGCCAAAGGAAUUGCCUCAGGAAUGGCUUACCUCCACUCGAUGUGCAUCAUCCACCGAGAUCUGAACUCCCACAACUGCCUGAUCAAGCUGGACAAGACUGUGGUGGUUGCAGACUUUGGCCUCUCCCGGCUGAUUGUAGAGGAGAGGAAGAAGCCCACCUUGGAGAAGCCAUCGGCCAAGAAGCGGACCCUGCGCAAGAGUGACCGGAAGAAACGCUACACAGUGGUGGGGAACCCCUACUGGAUGGCACCAGAGAUGCUGAACGGGCAGAGCUAUGAUGAGACAGUGGACAUAUUUUCCUUUGGGAUUGUGCUAUGCGAGAUCAUCGGACAAGUGUAUGCCGAUCCAGAUUGCCUCCCCCGCACUCUGGAUUUUGGCCUCAACGUGAAGCUCUUCUGGGAGAAGUUUGUUCCCACCGACUGCCCUCCGGCCUUCUUCCCCCUGGCAGCCAUCUGCUGCAGGCUAGAGCCAGAGAGCAGGCCCCCAUUUUCCAAACUGGAGGAUUCUUUUGAAGCCCUUUCCUUGUACCUGGGAGAGCUGGGAAUCCCUCUUCCGUCAGAACUGGAAGAGCUGGAUCACAACAUCAGCAUGCAGCAUGGGCUGAUCCGGGAUAAGCUACCUGAAAACCUCACCUAAUCCUCAAGACCUGUGCACACUUUCCAUAAAUUGCCUGUGGGGAGGGAGUGGGGCAGCAGGGGCAGGAGAAAAAGAGAGAGCGCACUGAUGUCCGAAUCCUCACAGGACAUUAACAAGGCACCCAUUUGCCUUCCGGCGCCUCACCUUGGACUACCUUCCUCUUGUGGAUUUGUGGCAUGUUCUGUAAGCCGAAUCCUGUCCUGCUUGUGACUUUUAGUACUGACACUCUCUAGCUUUUGGAAACACCAAAUUGUGAGGCCCUGUUUGCAGGUCUCCUUAUCACAGCGGUGCCUUAGGCCUCGAAAAGACUGCAAGCGUUUAAAGGUUCCUGAGCCUGGGACAUUUGCCUGGAAGGGGCAGGCUGGGCUGCCCCCAACCUGGGCUGCCUUGUCUGCUGUAGGAGAAGGCAUGGAAGAGUCAGCAGAGGUUACUUGCAGGCAGAGGGAGUGUGUUUGCCUUCCCCACUCCUCUUUGAGUUGGGAAGUUCUUCAGAAGCAGCUCAAAGACAGCCUCUCUCCGGCAAAGGAUCCCCCUUCUCUUCCUCAUCUCUACAAAUACCUCCAAGCAAACGUUCAAAAACACUACACAGCCAACUUGCGAACUGGGCUUCCACCAACCCCCCAUGUCAGAAGGGGAAGAACCACCUCUGGUGAGCACAAAGGGUUGCUCCAGAGUAGCAGGCUGCUCUCGGCUGUUUGAGCCACUUUGUGGUGGUAACAGAAAGGGUGAGACUGUCUUAGUUUGGGGCUCAGUGGCCUCACACUGGGGGGGCUUCUUUGUGUGGAACAGCUUGGGUUUGAGCAAAGAGCUACUUCCCAAUUCACCAUUUAAUUGCAGCUGACAGGGAAUGAGACCACUUUCUUAUUUGGGUCUGCUAGUCUGAAGCCCUCGUUGUAACCUGAUUAAGUCACCUACCUCUGUCCUCCAUUUCAGGCUUCUCUUUCCCUUAGAACUAAGAAACCACUGGUUCUGGCCUGCAUCUACACAAGCGUGCACGCACGCACACACGCACACACCCUGGAUAUACCAACAAUGGAAAGGGAACCAUUCCUAGCUUCUGUCUUCUCUGCUGAAGGUGGCACACACACUACACGGUUUCACUUGGCUGGACCUUUCCUCUGUUCUUAGUGGGGCUCAGCAAAGUCAUUUUCCUUGGGAAACCCAACUCAACCUAGCAUGAAUUUGGAACGGCUGCACAAACAGUCGUCGUGGCUUUUGGUCCUCUCCCCCAAGAUUGCACCAUGCAUCUGGACCUCAAGCAACCCACUUUCCCACUCAGAGCAGUCAAAAAGACAGGAAGUCCCUACUAGCCAAGCCAUUUUAAAUUCCAGUUAUCCGGCUUAAUCCUCCAAGGGUUAAGAGCCACUGGACCUUCUGAGCCCCACCCCAGUGGUGGUCUCCAGACCCAGGGUGUUUCAAUAAAGAUUCUGCUCCCUCCUUCCUCUUUUAACAAAUGUGGGGGCCCUCUUAAAAAAAGGGGCGAAGAGAGGAGAAACUUGGAUCACGUGUUCAAGAGAUUCUGGACUCUUGUUGAUUGCACACCAAAACGUUUUUGACUAAAUUAAAAGCAAUAAACUUUAUCCUAUGGAAACAAA